UAUGGGUAAUUGCAAUAUCUACGGUUAAGAGAUAGAAGAAGAAGAUUUAAGUAUAAUUUAGUCGUUAUCUUAGAUCAAUCAUCGAGGAAUUUUGAAUUUUUGGAACUUUUGGGAUAGGGAAAUUUUGGAAAAGUUUGGAAGGUUCAAAGGAAAAAGACUAAGGAAUACUUCGCUAUGAAGGUCAUGGAGAAGGAAUUGUAAGUAUAUCCAAAAUAUUUAGAAUAAUAAGGAGAUCAUAUGCUACUGUUGUGAUGUAGGAACAAAACAUACUCACUUCUAUUAGACAUCCCUUUUUAGUUAAUCUCAUUUCAUCUUUCUAAGAUAAAAAAAGAUUAUACUUAACACUUGAUCUAUUGACAGGAGGAGACUUUAGAUAACACUUAAACUACAAUAAGGUGUUUUCAGAAGAAUAAACAAGUAAAAUUCUUAAACUAUGAAAGAAUUCUUCAUAGCCUGCAUAAUAGUAGCCUUAGAUUAUCUUCAUUCCCAAGGCAUCAUUCAUAGAGACCUUAAACCUGAAAAUUUGGUCAUGGAUCAUAGAGGCUAUCUGAGAUUAACAGAUUUUGGUUUAGCCUCAAUUUGGAGGCCGAACAAUUCCCAAGAGAUAAAUGGAACUUUGGGCUACAUAGCACCAGAAAUUAUGUGCAAAUAAAACCAUGGAAUAGCUGUUGAUUACUUUGCAUUGGGUGUUAUAGCUUAUGAAUGUAUGUUUGGGAAGAGACCAUACAGAGGAGCAAAUGCAAAUCAAAUUAGGGAUUUAUUGCUAUCGAAAUAAGUUUAAAUUAAACAAUCCCAGCUUCCAAUCGGCUGGAGCUUAGAGGCUGGAGACUUUAUAAAUAAAGUAUCUUCAAAAAUUUAAAAUUAGCUAAUAUAAAGAAAACCAGAAAAUAGGCUCGGUGCCAAUUCUCCAAGUGAUGUUAAGAAUCAUAGAUGGUUUUAAAAUUUCAACUGGCAGAAUUUACAAUCUAAAAUUAUGAUUCCACCUUAUUAACCGAAAAAAAAAUUUAGUUGUGUGGAAAAUAGUUAAUAAUGUUAUGAGAACAAAAAAUAGAUCAGCAAAAUAAUUUUAAUUGAUUAGCAAUAAUGUAUAAAUCAAUUUAAACCUUUAGCUUAAUUCGAAGGGUAUUGCUUUUAAGCUGAAUAAAUAAGGAAUAAAGUAUGA